UUAACCUGUAACGUUUAACAUUUUAUUUUUUCUCAGACAAUGUUACAGCUAACGGGAAUUCUAAUGGAGCUCCAUGUGUUUUUCCAUUGUUUUACAAUGGAGCGUUUUACAACGACUGUGUUAGUCUUGAUCACCCUAACCCAUGGUGCAGCACGACUGAUAACUACACCAGAGAUGGAAAAUGGGGAGAGUGUCUCGACUAUGAUGUUUGUCAGUGUCACAACAAUCUAUCUGAUCCAUGGAGGAACAUUGGUUUUAACCUCAGCUUUUUCCCUGGUUGGCAAAUUCUUGACCUUAACUUGCAAGAAGGAUGGUACCGCUUUACCAAUAUUGGUGGAGACCGUAUGGCCUACUACCACUUAUGUGACAUUGUCAGUGAUGACAGUAAUGAUUUUUGGCUUCAUUACAGUGAAGGUUCUGCAGACUUUUCCUCAUACACAUGUACUCAAGUCACUGACAGUGUACAGAAUCUAGACUGUGGUGCAGGACUGAUCCUCUACUACCUUGUUCCAAUCACAGGAGCUUACAGGACACGUCAUUCCUCCUGCAGUGCAUCUUCCUGUGGGUUCAAAGCUCCCUGUAAUUCUUCUGAUGGCAGCUGCAUGUGUACCUGUGAUAAUGGCAUCCAGACCACAGACAUCUACAGUACAUGCAGAGACUAUUGUGGCAUUACUGCAAUCGUGUAUGACAUGUUGGACAUGGAUACCAACAGAUUGCAUGGCAAAAUGAAAAAGAAGGAUGAAGCGAAAACAAAUAAUGACAUCAAUAACACACUCAACAACCCAGUCCUGGCACAGGCUAUGGUGGUUGGUGUUAAUGGCUCUAAGUUAUGUUUGACCUGGGAGAACUGGGUAAAUGACAGUUGCAGAAUCAUUCCAAUCGACAGUAAUCGUACUAUGUGCUCCUGUGAUGACCCAGAAAACACUGAUGACAUCAACCAAGGGUUUACAGGAGAGCAUUUGGACAUGUUAAUCGUUGUGGUCAUGCCAGUGGGGCUGUUGUUCCUGAGCUUGACCCUACUGACCUUUGUUCUUUGUGGAAGACAACUAAAUGUAACCAACACAGCUCAGGUCAACCUGUGCAUAAGCCUGCUGUUGGCCCACCUCCUCUUUCUGUUCAAAGGGGGAUUCCUAAAGUACAUACGUGCUAAUCAGUUGGCGUGUGCAGUGCUGGCAGCCUUGCUGCACUUCCUCUUCCUCUCUUCUUUUGUGUGGAUGUUCAUUGAUGCUGUUCUGCUCUUCAUCUCUGCUAAGAACCUUACAAAGAUCAGAUCAAAGCAGAAGAAGAUGCUUGGUUGGAAAUAUCUGACCGUGAUUGGAUAUGUUAUUCCUCUGAUCGUGGUGGGUGUGUCUGUUGCAGCGGUGCCUAAUGGUUACGGCAGUGAAACAUGCUGGCUUAAGAGUGACAGGGGACUUUUAUUGGAGUUUGUGGGGCCCUGUGUAUUUCAUUCUUGCAGCAAAUGUGAUUCUCUUCAUCACCAUCUUCAUCACUGUCACUUUCAGCCUGAAAAACCUGAACAAUGAGAUCUUGCAGAGGACACAAACUCAGGCUGAUAAGAAACUCAUCAGA